ACUGGUCUGAUGUCAAAUAUCGCGAUAACUGCACGAGUGCAUAUGUCAAUCAAAUAGCAAUGUUUCCCUUUUUUCACCCAUCUGUCAUAACUAAAUCAGUUUAACUCUGCAUAUAACAAAUGCAACCUACGACGCUACUCGCUGUGCAUUAACUACAGACACAGAUAUUUAGUGUCACGUGGUCAAAGGCGGUGAAUUUUGCUUGUUUGCCGCCGUCCAGCUCAUCCCUGGGAAGUCGCGCUCCUCUGUCUGUACGUGGAUGACAUGAAGGUAAAGGUGAUUUCCAUCCUGGAGGACAACUACAUGUACUUAGUGAUUGAUGAGGAAAGCAAACAGGCGAUCGCAGUGGAUCCUGCUGUCCCUCACCGGCUACUUGAAAUAGUGAAGAGAGAAGAAUUGUCACUUACAGCUGUGCUCACAACACACCACCACUGGGACCACGCCCGUGGGAAUGAGGCUCUGCUGAAGGAGCUUCCUGACCUGCGGGUGUACGGGGGGGAUGAUCGAAUCGGGGGUCUGACGGAUAAAGUAACAAACGCUCAGGAACUGAAGUUUAGCUCCAUCAAUGUGAGGUGCCUGUUUACUCCCUGCCACACCUCUGGUCACAUGUGCUACUUUGUUUGGGAAGAUGAGUGCACCGACGCCCCUGCAGUGUUCACAGGGGAUACACUCUUCAUCGGUGGAUGUGGGCAGUUUUUUGAGGGUACAGCAGAACAGAUGCACUACAACCUUACGCAGGUGCUGGGCUCCCUACCUCAAGACACGAAGGUGUUCUGCGGACAUGAGUACACCAUCAAGAACUUGAAGUUUGCUAUGCUGGUGGAACCAGAGAAUGAAAAGGUUAAAGAGAUGUUGAGUUGGGCCAGGGCACGAGAUGAUGACGACAAACCCACAGUGCCUUCCACCCUGGUGGAGGAGUUCGAGUACAACCCCUUUCUUCGGCUCUCGGUAGAGGCGGUGCAAAAAUUCACUGGAAAGACAGAGCCUGUGGAGGUUUUGAGGGCCCUUCGGAAGGAGAGGGACAAGUUUAAAAAACCCAAGGACAGACUUCCGCCUCAUGCCCUGUUCGCUCUGCAGUGGGGACUGCUUCGGCCUCGUGAUCCAGUUUCUUAGCUUUAACUUUCGGGUACAAUCCACCAUCAAGAGGACCUACUUAAUGCAGGAAGACACUGAAGUGUAUCGUAGAGAAUGAUGCCCAACCCAAGAACUUAUGGUAUGAGGUUCACCAGCUACCAAUCCUGGUUGUAUAGAUGAACUAUGAUGUGGCUGCUUUGGUUAACCCUUGUGCUAUCCUAGGCACUUUAACAUUGGGAGUUGGGUCAUCUAGACCCACUAGACAGUGCUCUGAACCUUUUUUCUUCAAUGAUUUGUGAU